AUGAGGUCUGCUCUCUGGAGCCUGCUGUACGGCGCCGCCCUGCUGCUGUGUGAUGCCACGGCCACGUACCACCUCAGCCCCGGCGACCCCCGCCUGCUGGCUGCGCAAAGCUACGCUCAGAACAGAAACAACGGGCGGCCACCGCUCAGGACCCUGGAUCCCAGAAAGACAGAUGCACAGUGCAGGAGCCGACCCCUGGACCUGGUCUUCAUCAUUGACAGCUCCCGCAGCGUGCGCCCCGGUGAGUUUGAGAAGGUCAAAAUCUUCCUGGGGGACAUGGUGGACACGCUGGACGUGGGGUCGGACGCCACCAGGGUGGCUGUGGUCAACUACGCCAGCACGGUCAAAAUCGAGUUCCUGCUCAAAGACCACUUCAGCCAGCUGGACAUGAAGAAGGCCAUCUCGCGCAUCGAGCCCUUGGCGGCCGGCACCAUGACGGGCCUCGCCAUCAAGACCGCCAUGAACGAAGCCUUCACCGAGCAGUCCGGAGCCCGGCCUCGCUCCAGGAACAUCUCCAAGGUGGCCAUCAUCGUGACGGACGGCAGGCCUCAGGACCAGGUGGAGGAGGUGUCCGCCGAGGCCCGGGCGUCCGGCGUGGAGAUCUACGCCGUCGGCGUGGACCGCGCCGACAUGCGCUCGCUGCAGCAGAUGGCCAGCAUCCCCCUGGAGGACCAUGUCUUCUACGUUGAGACCUACGGCGUCAUCGAGAAGCUCACCUCCAAGUUCAGGGAGACCCUGUGCGAGGUGAAGGUGGAGGUGGUGGAGGAUCCCUGUAAAUGUGAAGCGCGCCUGGCCUUCCAGAAGCAGACGCAGGCGGCCCUCCAGCAGCUCACGGCCAAGCUGGCCGACGUGUCCGGGAGAAUCGAGCGUCUGGAGAACAUGGUGGGCCGAGCUUGA